UCGGUUAGAGAGAGCAGAUAAGAAUAGGCUAUUUGGACCCGGACACAACCCAGUCGUCGGCUCUUCUCUCUUUGCUCGCGAAUCUAUAACCCUUGUUGUUGAGCUCUCUCUCAUAACUCAUAACUAGCAGGCAAGCAGCACUCCUCGCAAAGCCCCAACUCAACCUACGCCCCUCUAUUUUACAAUCUCUCUUUUGGUUCCUAAAUUGCUGUUCUUCAAUUUGGCUCUGAGUUCCCACAAUGAGUGACGCCUCGGCGGCCGACGACUCGAAGCACAUCGAGGAGCUCUACCAGUACGUGGAGAGUCUGAACGAGGCCAAGGACAAGUCCCAGAAUGUGAAGGACUACCAGGGGAUCAUCGACACGGCCAAGUCGAGCAUCAAGGCUAAACAAUUGGCCGCGCAGUUCAUCCCCAGGUUCUUCAAGUUCUUCCCCACUCUCUCCGGGCCCGCAAUCGACACGCAUCUCGAUUUGAUCGAAGAAGAAGAGCUCGGGGUUCGGGUGCAAGCAAUUAGGGGACUUCCCCUUUUCUGCAAGGAUACGCCGGAACAUAUUGCCAAAAUUGUAGACAUUCUUGUCCAAAUCCUUGCAGCAGAGGAAUUUGUGGAGCGUGAUGCUGUGCAUAAAGCCCUGAUGUCUCUGUUGACACAAGAUGUGAAAGCUUCUUUGACAGCCUUAUUUAAGCACAUUGGGAGUGUUGAUGAACCGAGUACAGAUGAAAUUAUUCGUGAAAAAGUUUUAAGUUUUAUAAGAGAUAAGAUCUUUCCCAUCAAAGGCGAACUCUUGAAGCCUCAAGAAGAAAUGGAAAGACAUAUAACUGAUUUGAUAAAAAAGAGUUUAGAAGAUGUAACUGGAGCAGAAUUUAGAAUGUUUAUGGACUUCUUAAAGAGUUUAAACAUUUUUGGAGAUAAAGCUCCCCCAGAACGCAUGAUAGAACUUAUUGGAAUUGUUGAAGGACAAGCUGAUUUAGAUGCAGUGUUCAAUGUUUCAGAUGCGGACCAUAUUGACAGGUUGAUAUCAUGCCUGUACAUGGCUCUUCCAUUUGUUGUGAGGGGUGCUUCAAGCAGCAAGUUCCUCACCUAUUUGAACAAACACAUCAUACCUGUUUUUGAUAAGCUUCCUGAGGAGCGAAAGCUAGAUCUGCUCAAAGCCCUUGCAGAAAUUUCUCCUUACACAACACCACAGGAUUCCCGACAGAUUCUUCCUAAUGUUGUUCAGCUAUUAAAGAAAUACAUGCCUAGGAGGAAGACUGGAGAAGAGACGAACUUCACUUAUGUUGAGUGCUUGUUGUACACAUUUCAUCAUCUAGCUCACAAGGUUCCUAAUGCAACAAACAGUCUAUGUGGUUACAAGAUAGUGACUGGCCAACCAUCAGAUAGGCUUGGGGAGGAUUUCUCAGAGCUUUAUAAGGACUUCACUGAAAGGUUGAGUAAUGUUGAGGAGUUAACUAGGGCUACCAUGAAGAAAUUAACUCAAGGAAUGGCUGAGCACAACAAAGCUAUGGCAGCUGCUAAAUCUGAUGAAGCAAAGAAUAGCAUUAAAACUCAAAAGCAGAAUACAACCACUGGGUUGCGGACGUGUAAUAACAUUUUGGCAAUGACAAAGCCAUUACAUUCAAAAACACCCUCGUUUAUUGGAGAUAAAAGUGUCAACCUAUCUUGGAAAGAAGCAACAAAACCUUCUGUUCCCACCACCGCAGCUACAACUGGAGGGAAACGACCUGCUACUACUGCUAAUGGAUCCGGCAACGUGCCAGCUAAAAAGGGCCGUGGAGCUGGUGGUUUGCAAAACCAACUGGUUAAUAGAGCAUUGGAAGAUUUGUCUCAUGGUGGGAGAAGUGGGACUAGAGGCAGAGGGAGAGGGUGGGGUGGACGUGGAAGAGGAAGAGGCUACCGGUAGCCUAGGGGUGUGCCCAGAGUAAGAAAUUUGGAUUUCAGAAAGUCGGUAUGGACCAGAAGUAUACAACUAGAAGCCAUUUAUUUAUUAAAGUUCUCUGCUGGAGCUAGUUUUGAUUCAUAGAGGAAGAAACUGAUGAGUUUCUAGAUUUAUUUGUUGUCUAACACUAGGAAUCAUUUCGAAUUUAACUGAUGAAAGCAGCAGCCGGGAUUGAUUUAAGGAAUCUUUGCAUGCCUCUUACUCUGUGUAUGCAUGCGUGUGUAUCUUAUUGACAGUUAACUUGCACCCAGAGGAAUCAUUUUAUAAUUCUGACGAUUUGUAGAAUGUAAUAUGUUUGGUUGAAUGAGAACUUGAGAAAGCUGCUACCCUUUA